UCGGCCAGAGAGGGCAGUGUGGGCCGCUCGGGAGCCCGUAGAACAUCUGCGCCUGCGCGCCGCUCCUGUCAAUUAUGGCUCCUGUCAGGCGCUCCGGUCCUGGGACUUGGCUCUUCCUCCUUCCCCUGGCGGCUCCGCUCCUCCAUGUUGCUCUGUCCGUGGAGCCCAUCAGUAUGGGCAUCGCCAUAGCUGCCGCCUCGGCCAUCACAGGCUACAUAUCCUUCCCGGAGUUAUACUGCGGGCGGCUGGUGGAGUGCUGCCGGGUGGAGGAGCCCCUGAAUGGCACAGCCCUACAGAACGACUUGAAGGAGAAGCUUUUUGGGCAGCACCUGGCACAGGAAGUCAUCUACAGGGCCCUGAUGGGAUUCAUGAGCAAUGACAACCCCAAGAAGCCCCUGGCAUUAUCCCUGCACGGCUGGACCGGCACCGGCAAGAAUUUCGUUAGCAAAAUUAUUGUGGAGAAUCUUUAUCCGGCGGGAAUGAAAAGUAAAUUCGUCCACCUCUUCGUGUCUACAGUGCACUUCCCCCACAACAACCUCCUCUCUCUAUACAAGGACCAGCUACAGUCAUGGAUACGAGGAAAUACCAGUCGCUGUGCCCGCUCCAUCUUUAUAUUCGAUGAAAUGGACAAACUCCACCCCGGUCUUAUUGACUCCAUCAAGCCGUUCCUGGACUACUAUGAGAAUCUUGAUGGGGUGUCGUACCGCAAAGCCCUCUUCAUAUUCCUCAGCAACGCUGGCGGUGAUCUGAUCAAUAGAAGGAUGCUGGAGUUGUGGAAUGAGGGGAGGAAGAGAGAGGAUCUAGAGCUGAGGGAUGUGGAGAACGUGCUGUCUGUCGGCCUGUUCAACAACAAGAACAAUGGCUUCUGGCACAGCGCCCUCAUCGAGAAGAACCUGAUCGAUUACUUUGUUCCUUUCCUGCCGCUGGAGUUCAGUCACGUGAAGAAAUGCGUCUUGGCCGAGCUCAGACACAGGGACUUGGAAGAGGAUGAAGAGUUGGCGUCUCGGGUAGCUAAGGAGAUGACGUAUUCCCCGAAGGAACAAAAGUUAUUUUCUGAUAAAGGAUGCAAAACCGUGGCGGCCAAACUGAGCCUCCAUCUUUAGCCGCGCCAUCACGGUGCCACCAUAAACUGUGCAGACAGUACCCCCCCGUGUCUCUGUUCCGUUAUCUUAAGGCCCUGUGCACACGCGCAGUAUUUAAAGCUGUGUUCAGUCAUUUUAGUUUAGAUUGAAAUCUGCAGCAUCAAAUCUGCUGUGUGUGAAUACUCCCUAAGACAGGAACGGAGAACCUUUUUAUUCACAUUGAAUGACUGUUACAUUUUGUAUCUACAGAUCUCAGGGAAACACUACAUUUGCCUUUUGAUAUAAUAAUUUUAGCGUAUUUUAUCCUUUUUGUUCUUCUGUGGUUUAGUAAGUUGCACUUGUCUCUCAGCGGCGAUCCAUGAAUUAAAGCAGGGUCGGCCCGUGGCCUUUUGGGACUGGCAGCAGAAGGAUUCUUGUAUCCAGGUGAACGCACUAAAGGGGGGGUCUAACUGCCAGUACCAUUAAGCUGUGUAGUGAUCAUUGGCUGACUUUUUUAAAGGUUUAGGGACUGAUAAUAGACAAAUGUCCCCAGUACCUAAUCCUGAUCUAUGGGAGAGCCGAAGAUCGCCGAACGGCUCAGCCAUAGAGGUAUAUGGAGGAGGCAUGGCGGCCCCCGCUUUGGGUGGAGG